CUCUGCUCCUUCAUCUCUCCUUCCCUCUUCUUCCAUAGCUUUCUUGUGCUACUUGCAGGUUGAUUAAGGGAAUUGAGAAUUGGAUCGUACCACUUCCAUAACUUUUCUGUAAACUCAUUCACGAAACAGCUCGCUUAUUAAGCAAGAAAGAAGGAAUGUUUAGGCAACUGCAAGAUAGGGAACAACUUCAGAUGCCUAUCCUAAGGUAGCAAUUGUCCAAACUUCCAAGAUAAGAAGCAGAUUUCAAAUGAGGAUGGAAAUUGGAAAGCCUAAGAUCAGAUACCUUGCUUGCACCUACUAAACUGGACAUUCACUAAGCCGUCAAACCUCUCAGUCUUCUCUCUCUCUCUCUCUCUCUCAAUACAUAUAUAUACAUACACACAUUGUUUUGGACCUGCUGGUACCGGGAUUCUAAAGAAUGGGACUGUCUAUGAGUUUCAUGGGAUUGGGAGGAGGGCUACCAUCCGGCCGGAUGCUAAACUUUUUAAUGGCAACGCUGUACGAUCAGUUCAUCAAGAAAGAUAUCCAAAAUUUUGAGGAAUUCCAGUUCGCCAUUCUCGAUAUUUUCAACACUUUUAAUUCUUCUCUGCCCGGUAAACACUACGAAGUGCCGUUGCGCAAGGAAAUCGAGGAUAUGUUCAUACGUUGGGAAAAUGCCAAAGUGCAAGACAGGAGGAACAUCUUCAUCCAAUUUAUGAAGGACAAUGUAAGGCUAAGCAAGGUCGAUAACGCUACCGUGAUAACAGGAGUUGUAACGCCACCGGUAGCCAUGGCUGCUAAAAGAGCAGGGGAGAGUGUGCCCCAGCUGAAAAUGAUCAAGGCCAUUCCUGACGUCUUUUUCGUGCCAUCAGCAACAGUGUUGGCUCUCAUUUCUGUUAAGAUUUCCAGAAGAAUUUUCACGGCAAAAAAAGCAUCUUCGACACACUCCGAACCGGAUAUCCAGAUGAAGACCGAAACCAUUGGCGAAGCCAGAGCACCCGAAACCAUUGGCGAAGCCAGAGCACCGCAAGGAGGUGCGCCCACACCUUUGGUCAUCGGAAAUUCCCAUGAGGAGCGAGAAAUACGCCCCUCUAACCUGCACAGAACACCUUCGGUCAUCGGAACUUCCCAUGGGGAGCAAGAAAUACGCCCCUCCAACCCGAACAGAAGGUGGUGUUUGACGAAAUGCCAAAAUGAAGACUGCAUCUACUGCGCACGACCUUGUAUCUUUGAAUCAUGAAUGUUUCACCUCUGCAAUUUCUUUCUAACUUUGGAUAAUAUAUUUGUGUGGUUUAACUACUUAUGCCAUUUCAUUUCCUUUUACCAUUUACAGUCAAUUACUGAAGUAUGAAUAUAUAUAUACAUAUAUAUAUAUAGAGAGAGAGAGAGAGAGAGAGAGAAUCUUUCUGCUGCUGAAUUGUUAUUUCUUGGUUUAUAACAACUAUGACAAGUGUUUGUAUCUAUUGCAGCGUUUAAAAUGAGAGAUUGGAUAUCGGAAA